ACUUCAUAUUUUUUCCCAAAUUCCUUACCCAUCCCUUACGACUUCGAGGCCCAAUUUCACUGGGCACUCUGCUCCGCGGCCUCUCUCCCCGGCCCCCACAACUGCCGGACGACCGCUGCCGCCUUCGCGGCAGGCCCCGGACUACCGCAGCCCGCCGGCGAGACUGCUGGAUCACCGGGCCUCGGGUGCGCCUCUCCUUUCCCUCCCUAAGAGCUUCGAAGAAGAAGAAAGAAGAGAGAAAAGCCAUCGUGAAACCCGUGAUCUCAGAGAUCUCCGAUCACUGCCUGCCGAAUCCCAGUUCUCUGAUCCGUUUUUCAAAGUCCGAAUAUCGUCAUGUCGGCGCUGUUUAAUUUCCAUUCGUUCCUCACGGUGGUACUGUUAGUGAUCUGCACCUGUACCUACAUCAAGAUGCAGUUCCCCACCAUUCUUGAACAGAGGACUGGGUUCCGAGGCUUCUUUUGGAAGGCAGCUAGAAUAGGUGAACGCUUAAGCCCAUGGGUGGUUGGGUGCUUUGCUAUGGGCAUAUCCAUAAUUAUAUUCUGAGAGCUGGAGAAGCAUUUGGGUUUUUAGCUGAUAUUAUACACUGGAGUGACAGCACAGCCUCUUUUACGUACUGUACAUUUCCUUUCUCCAUGUUUGCAGAAGAGUGGAUUCAACUAUCAGUCAACCUGGCUCUUAGAUGGGCAUUGUGGUGGUCUUUUAUUUACUCAUUAUUGAGAAUGCUAUGACGUUGUCUGUCUAUACUUUUUUUUUUUGAAUGCCUUUUCUUGUUCAUGCAAACAUUUUAUUUGAGUUGAUCUUGGUGAGGUAACCUUGCAUGCUUCCAAGUUUCAGGACUUGAUCCCAUCCAUCACUCAUUAUACAGUAGCACCAUGAUCUUACUGUAUGCCCUGUUGUCUUUUGUCACGGAGCCUCUCAAAUGGGUCAGCUAUAAUGGGUCAUGUAUAAAAAAGUUUUGAUUGAUGAUGAUGACAUCUCUUUGCUUUUAUUAUUA